UUUAGCUUUAACACCACCAGGGCCUCUCUUCUCUUACCAUAGAGCAGAGAAGGGAAUACUAGACUUGAUCAGAAUAUUCUCUUCUCUGAAAGGAAAAAAAAAAAAAGGGGUGGGGGGGUCUUGGAAGCCUUUUGUAUUGCUGUUUCUUUCCACAUUGCCCUAUAAUCGUCUUGUGGUCUUUCUUGGCUUCCUUAGAAAGAUCAAUCUACUGUUUGUGCAUGAUCACAUAUGACUAGUGGGUCUGCUUCUGCAAUGGAGUGACAGCUGCUUCAACAAUCAAGUGACUGGCACAAGCCCAUCUUGCCAGUUAUCUCUCUUCCACAUUGCAUAAACGUAACUCGAAAGCAAAAGGAAUUGAGUCAUUCUUGUUCUUUUCGCAAAGGGGUACUCCUCUAUAUAACCAAGCACACACAGAGACACUUAGUGUCACAUACUUUUGAGCCCUCCUUGAACCCUUUAUUGUAUCAGUCCUAAAUAGUCCAAUGGAUCGUUUAUCAUCUGCUAGUAACAUGUUUCCUGCCGGUCGGGAUGGUGUUUCCGGCCACAUUGGAUUGAUUUGGCAAGUAAUAAUAGAACCAUUGAUCGUGCCGGUCUUGAAAUUAUUGGUGGUAGUGUGUUUGGGCAUGUCAAUAAUGCUUUUCAUUGAAAGAGUGUACAUGGGGGUUGUUAUAGUUUUUGUGAAGUUGUUCGGGAAAAAACCAAAUAAGAGGUACAAAUGGGAGCCUAUAAAGGAUGAUAUUGAGCUUGGUAACUCAGCUUAUCCUAUGGUUCUGGUGCAAGUUCCAAUGUACAAUGAAAAGGAGGUUUAUCAGUUGUCUAUUGGAGCUGCCUGUGGGCUUUCUUGGCCGUCCGACCGGAUCAUAAUCCAAGUUCUUGAUGACUCAACAGACCCUGCCAUUAAGAGCUUGGUGGAAGUAGAAUGUCAGAGAUGGGCAAGCAAAGGCAUCAAUAUAAAGUAUGAGAUCAGGGACAACAGGAAUGGAUACAAGGCAGGAGCUCUUAAAGAAGGCAUGAAGCACAGCUAUGUUAAACAAUGUGAUUAUGUGGCCAUAUUUGAUGCUGAUUUUCAGCCUGAACCUGACUUUCUUUGGCGCACCAUACCAUUUCUAGCUCACAAUCCUGAAAUUGCUCUUGUUCAAGCUCGCUGGAAAUUCGUCAAUUCUGAUGAGUGCUUAAUGACAAGGAUGCAAGAGAUGUCAUUGGAUUACCAUUUCACUGUGGAACAAGAAGUGGGGUCUGCUACCUAUGCUUUCUUUGGAUUCAAUGGUACUGCUGGUGUGUGGAGAAUAUCAGCAGUCAAUGAAGCUGGAGGGUGGAAGGCUCGAACAACGGUAGAGGACAUGGAUUUGGCUGUCAGGGCUAGCCUCAAAGGCUGGAAGUUUGUUUAUGUUGGUGACCUCAAGGUGAAAAAUGAAUUGCCAAGCACUUUCAAAGCAUAUCGAUAUCAGCAACAUAGAUGGUCUUGUGGGCCAGCAAAUCUCUUCAGGAAAAUGGCUAUAGAAAUAGUAAAAAACAAGAAAGUGUCAGUGUGGAAGAAAUGUUAUGUGAUCUACAGUUUCUUCUUCGUCCGCAAGAUUGUGGCACAUAUUGUCACGUUUUUAUUCUACUGCGUUGUUUUGCCUGCAACUGUUCUGGUUCCUGAAGUAACUGUUCCUAAAUGGGGAGCUGUCUAUAUUCCUUCAGUUGUAACUCUCCUCAAUGCUGUUGGAACCCCUAGAUCACUCCAUCUGAUGGUUUUCUGGAUCCUAUUUGAGAAUGUUAUGUCUCUGCACCGGACAAAGGCGACAUUCAUAGGUCUUCUGGAGGCAGGAAGAGUGAAUGAAUGGGUUGUCACUGAAAAAUUAGGAGAUGCUCUUAAGGCCAAAUUACCUGCUAAAGCUACCAAGAAACCGCGGAUUAGGAUCGGAGAAAGAUUACAUUUGCUAGAACUCUGUGCUGGAGCCUAUCUCUUCUCCUGUGGAUGCUAUGAUUUUGCCUUUGGAAAGAACAGAUAUUACAUAUUCCUCUUCCUCCAAUCCAUUGCCUUCUUCAUUGCAGGAUUUGGUUACAUUGGCACCUUUGUCCCCCACUCUUAGCAAGAAUCUUUCUUGUCUCCAAGAAACUACAGCAUUGUGAUUCCAUCAGGGACAGUUUUUUUUUUUUUUUUAUCUUUGUUGCAGGCUAUUGAAGUAAAGGCUGGUCAUUCUUUUCUUGUUGAACAUAAGGGAUGCUGUAUUUUCGAUUUCUUUUUACAAAAACCUCUGUGAUUUGGUGUUAUUUUCAGGGUACAAAAUAACAAGGAAAGAGUAAAUUGGUAGAUAUAGUAGCACAUACGUUGUGCUCCCAUGAAUGUAGACGUCUUUGCAUGGGCUGAUGAUUUGAAAUAGAAAGUUGGAAUUUUGUCUUGAUAAUAAUAUUGCAGAUGGGCAAGGAAUCUAUAGUUGAAAUAAAAGAUUUUCGCAAUUUAUGUA